UUACAUUAAUUUCCAAGAUCAGAUAAUUCCCACAAGAAAAAUAAUUCUGUGUUUGUUAAUUCAAAGCCUCUCAAUCUCAUAUUUCCUGUCCUUUGCUAACUCUCUACUUUUUAGCCAUUAGAGAUAGAAACAGUCUAAAGAAAAAGAUUGAAGCAGAAGAAUAAUGGCUAGCUGCAGCAUGGCAUCUGCUGCUUCUGGGUUCUUGUUAACUCCUAAUGUUUCAUCCAAUACCAAUUCAGGUUCAAGAACCAACAUGGCGUUCUUCCCUGCAAAGAACAAUAACAACAACAACAGUUCAAGGCUUGUUGUGAGGGCAGCUGAGGAAGGUGCAGCACCACCAGCCACCACCGAAGCACCAGCAGCAACUGAAGCUCCAAAGCCUAAGCCACCACCAAUUGGUCCCAAGAGAGGAACUAAGGUGAAGAUUCUCAGGAGGGAAUCCUACUGGUACAAUGGCAUAGGAUCUGUUGUAGCUGUUGAUCAGGACCCCAAAACACGUUACCCGGUUGUGGUUCGAUUCAACAAAGUUAAUUAUGCGAAUGUAUCUACAAACAACUACGCAUUGGAUGAAAUUGAAGAAGUUAAAUGAGUGUGUAAUAUGUCUCUACUGUAAUUUUGAUUUUCAUAUUACUCCACUGUCCAGCUUAGCUUUUAUCUAUGUCACAAGUGCGUAUCAUACUCCUUAGUGAUUCUGUGUCCUA